AUGGCUGCAUCUGCGCUGGAAAUAGCUAACUCGACUUUGAGCCGAAUCAUGUCCGAUCUUUGGAGCUACAGCCAUGUGGAUAGCCCACUUGACGACGUACUACAGAAAGUGUUGCACCUCAAGACACAGCUGGAGGUACAGAAAGUCUUACAGGCGACUGUUCUGCUGUUGCGACGGCGGCCAAGCAAUCAACCCCUUCCGAAACAGCAAGCUGUCAGAGUGAAGCAUCUCAUGAAAUUCGUUUUUGAAAAAGCCAGUCGCGAGAAAAAAAAGCAAGAGAAGUUGAAAAAUCUCGAUUGCAACUCCUUGGUUUUCCUGGGCCUUUCUUACAACGUGAAGACACUAUAUGAAAUGCGGAUGACCCAGUUUGAUUUUCUUAUUGAUAAUAUUGGAGACUUUAUACGGCGCCAUAAACUUAACGAUUACUUGUAUCGAAGCGACAUUGACAGAGUUGUCAAUGGCCAGUUUGACGCAGAAGAUGACGACUCGUUGAAGGAGUUUCAGAAAAAUCAACAAUCAACACCGAGCGAUAUGCGUGAGAGUCGCAAGAGCCAACGGCGUUAUACGCCUGAUACACUUCACCGUGCGCGUCAAGGAAUUCUAAGCAGCGAACCUCCCCCAAUUGAUUCACUUACCGGGGCCGCAUAUCAACUCACUGUUAAAGACGCCCAAGCCGUGACAGCCUCUGACCAGAUUCGGGGACAGAUAUGGUUGACAAACACAUACAACAUGAACUUUCCACCCUUCGUCACCAUCCCAAUCUCUCAAGAGAUGAGUGACAAGUUUGCUACACAGCUCCAGCAAAUAGACCUUUCGUCACACAAUCUCAAAUUUCAAGGUUGA